AUGGCUUCUACUGGUAGAGGAUUAGAUCGGUUCACUGUGGUCGAGUCACGGCAAGAUGUUAGCAGCAAACGCAGUUCAGAGGAUUUAUCAAAGGAACAAAUUCAACAACUACAAAUGGCAUUUGAUGCAUUCGAUCAUCAAAAAAAGGGUGUUGUUAGCACGGAUAUGAUUGGUACAAUGCUUGGUAUGCUAGGACAUGAAAUAAGAAGUAGCGUAUUAUCUGAAGUUGUAACAGAAUUUGAUCCUCAUGGAAGAAAGGAAAUAAGAUUUGAUACUUUUUGUAAUCUGGCUGCAAGAUUUUUGGAAGAUGAUGCAGAUACUGAAGCAAUACAGGCAGAAUUAAGAGAAGCUUUUCGACUAUAUGAUAAAGAAGGAAAUGGUUAUAUAACAACAGAAGUUUUUCGAGAUAUUCUGCAUGAAUUAGACGAUAAUUUAACAUCCGAAGAAUUAGAUAUGAUGAUUGAUGAAAUAGAUGCUGAUGGAUCGGGAACUUUAGAUUUUGAUGAGUUCAUGGAAGCAAUGACAAAGUAGGAAUAAUACAGUAUUUAAUAUGCUACUGAAAUUAGUACUAGAAUAUUAAUUUGUGUCAAAACAGAUAUUUCAUAAUUAUUAAUAAAUGAGAUUAAAAAUUA